GAUUACAGUUGACAAUUCCACUGAAGUUUGCUUUAGCUGUUCUGUACGUGAAUCCUCAAGUCAUCCAGGUUAACCAAAAAAAAUUUUUUUGCCGUCAAUAAGUACCACUAAUUAAUAGAGGCGAUGGAAAAGUCAGGAAACGUCUUAACACUUACUGAUUAUAGUGAAAUGGAAUCCAAACCAGUAAUGGGUCAUUACUCUGGAAUUGAUGAUGAUUUAGAUGUUGAAGAUCUUUACACAAAAUAUAAGAAACUUCAACGUAUGUUAGAAUUUUUACAAGUUCAAGAAGAGUACAUUAAAGACGAGCAACGUAACUUGAAAAAAGAAUAUUUACAUGCUCAAGAAGAAGUAAAACGUAUUCAAAGUGUUCCUCUUGUAAUUGGACAAUUCUUAGAAGCUGUUGAUCAAAACACCGGAAUUGUUGGUUCAACAACAGGCUCUAAUUAUUACGUUCGAAUUUUAUCUACGAUAGAUCGUGAAUUGUUAAAGCCUUCGGCUAGUGUUGCUCUACAUAAACAUAGCAAUGCUCUCGUCGAUGUUCUUCCACCAGAAGCAGACUCUAGUAUUUCUAUGCUUCAAGCUGAUGAAAAACCUGAUAUCCAAUAUAGUGACAUUGGAGGCAUGGACAUGCAAAAACAAGAAAUUCGUGAAGCAGUAGAACUCCCAUUAACUCACUUUGAGUUAUACAAGCAAAUUGGAAUAGAUCCGCCAAGAGGAGUUUUGAUGUAUGGUCCACCAGGAUGUGGCAAGACUAUGCUGGCAAAGGCUGUAGCUAGACAUACUACAGCUGCAUUUAUACGCGUUGUUGGUUCUGAGUUUGUCCAGAAAUAUUUGGGUGAAGGUCCAAGAAUGGUUAGAGAUGUAUUUCGUCUAGCAAAAGAAAAUUCACCGGCUAUCAUUUUUGUUGAUGAGAUUGAUGCAAUUGCAACUAAACGGUUUGAUGCUCAAACUGGCGCUGAUCGUGAAGUUCAGAGAAUUCUUUUAGAGUUGUUGAAUCAGAUGGAUGGAUUUGAUCAAACAACCAAUGUUAAAGUAAUUAUGGCUACUAAUCGAGCUGAUACAUUAGAUCCUGCUCUUUUACGUCCUGGAAGAUUAGAUCGUAAAAUUGAAUUUCCAUUACCUGAUCGUCGACAAAAACGACUUAUUUUCUCGACUAUCACCGCUAAAAUGAAUCUUAGUGAAGAAGUCGAUCUCGAAGACUAUGUAGCAAGACCGGACAGAAUUUCAGGAGCUGAUAUAAAUGCUAUCUGUCAAGAGGCAGGAAUGCACGCAGUACGUGAGAAUCGUUACAUAGUUCUUGCUAAAGACUUUGAGAAAGGAUAUAAAAAUAAUAUUAAAAAAGAUGAAGCCGAGCAUGAAUUUUAUAAAUAAACAAACAGCUUAUGAAAUUAAAUUUCAAUUUUUUACUUACAAUAAUACAUUACAUGUAUAUGAUAAUUUAGUAAUAUUUGUCAAAUUUCAAUGCUAACAAAAUAAAUUGUCUGAUGAA